CUAACGCCGGCAAACGGCAACGAGCUGUUACGGCCUGAGCUUCUCCUUUUCGAAAGAGAGAGUUCGUUCUUUCUUGCAUACGUCUAUGUGCGACGCCUUUGUCUAACAGAGAGAGAGAGAGAGAGAGAGAGCGAGGGGGGCGGAGAGAGAGAAAGAAGAAGGGAGAGAGAGAGAGAGAGAGAGAGAGGAUUUGGUCGAUCUCAGACGUAGAAAAAGAACUUUUGGCAAACAGUGACGACCAAGCGAGUAGAGCAAACCAAUUCACUGUGCCAGUGAUUCUCACGAAGUUUUCGUGUGGAUCAGCCUCCUUUUCUUUGGAUCCAAAUCCAUUUCUUUCUCUUUUUUUUUUUCCUUUUUUCUUUUCUUUCUUUUUCUUCUUCUUCUUCUCCUUCGUCUUUUGCUUUUCUACAUCUUAUCAAAGUGACUACCAUACAAAGAGACAUAAGCUCGUAAUAUAGCCAAGAAUUCGUUAACGAGGAUUUUGGGUCCAUUAGAAAAAUUAUUCCACUUUUUUUCCACCCACUGAUUCUGUCCCCUCUCCCCCACUGGAAUAUUUCUCUAUUUACAAGGAUUUCAAUUUAUUCGUGAAAUAUUCAACGGUGAUUUCGUGAAAUAUUCAACAGCGAUAUUGUUUUAGAGAUUACACUGUGACAACGCAUAAAGAAAAAGGGGACACGAUGGCUUGCGAUCGUAAUGUUACGAGUAGAAAUAUUCAUUGAGACAUAAAGUUCGUGCGAGUUUCAAAGAAUAAAGGGUCCGACUCUUUCAAAUUUCUAAAUGGUUCCACAUAUUUAAACGAUCAAAACGAUCGCGUUUUAAUCAGACAGCCAUUAAAUGAAAUAUUCAAACAUCUCGAAGAAAUCCAUAAAGAUAUCUCUAUCGACUAAGUUGCCUGCAGGUGUUAAACAUUAUGGUGAUACUCGGUUUCAUGUUGAACUAUAUGCUGCGUGUUAAUCUGACGAUUGCCAUCGUAUCGAUGGUGAAGACGUCUACUAAUAAGUAUUCACAUUCCAACAAUUCCCACGAAAUCAUUCCAGUUGAUAAUAGUAGUUUGACGAUUGAAGCUCCUAAGACGACAAUGCUAACUGGGAAUGUUUCGAGAAUGAACGAAUCGACUUUUACUUCGACGUUGACAACUCGAUAUGAGGAGUUGGAGCAAACCAGGUAUCCAUGGAACGAAUAUGAGGUCAAUCUAAUUCUCGGAAGUUUCUAUUGGGGUUACAUCUGCACGGAAAUACCUGGAGGUAGAUUGGCUGAAAUUGUUGGAACCAAAAGAGUCUUUGGCUAUAGCAUGUUGGUGUCCAGCGGUAUCACUCUUUUCACGCCACUUUUCGCCAAAUUCGGAUACGUCGCAGUCGCUGUUCUUCGAAUUGCUCUUGGUUUUAUGCUAGGUGCCACGUGGCCUGCUAUUCAACCGAUGACUGCUCGAUGGAUUCCACUGACCGACCGUAGCAAAUUCGUUUCCAAUAUGAUGGCAUCCUCAUUGGGUGCGGCGAUCACGUUGCCAAUUUGCGGUUUUCUCAUUGCCUCUCUCGGAUGGGAAUCUGUCUUCUACGUAACGGGAAUAGUCGGAUUGACGUGGAGCAUAGCGUGGUUCUAUUUCGUCUAUGAUUCACCCUCGCAACACCCACGCAUCUCCGCCGAGGAACGAAACUACAUCGAGGAAUCCAUAGGAACUACCUCGUCCACCAAGCAUUUUCCAGUACCGUGGAAAUCAAUUUUCACUUCGCUUCCGGUUUGGGCAAUCUUGAUAACACACGGGUGUAGUGUAUUUGGAUACUUCACGGUUGUUAAUCAAUUACCUACCUAUAUGAAAUAUAUACUCAAUUUUAACAUCAAAGAGAACGGGAUGUUAUCUUCGUUGCCUUAUCUUGGAAAAUACAUUUUUGCUUUGAUGACUUCAACGUUGGCCGAUUAUCUUCGUCGUACGAACAAACUUUCGGUUACUGCUAUUCGAAAAAUUUUUACGACUUUCGCGGUGAUGAGUCCGGGAUUACUUAUGAUCGUUCAAGCGUACCUUGGUCGCGAUCCUACGAUGUCCGUGGCAAUUUUUACCGUUGCUUUGACGAUAAACGGUGGAGUUACAGCGGGCUAUCUUGGAAACGGCCUUGACAUUGCACCCAAUUUUUCCGGAACGAUAUUUGGCAUUGCCAAUACGAUUAGCUCGUUCGGUGGCUUUUUGAGUAGCUUCAUGGUUGGUUCGAUUACCUAUCAAAAUCAAACGUAUGAAAGUUGGAGGAUAAUCUUUUGGAUCCUAGCGAUAACUUACUGUACGGGUGCUUUAGCUUUCGCAUUCCUUGGCACAGGAAAAUUACAAAAGUGGAAUUAUCCGGAGGUUAAUAGUUUCGGUAAAAAAAUGAGAAAUCUAGAAAAUGACGUUGACGCAGAAAACAGAGAACCGUUGAACAAUAAAACACUUUCGUAAUAUCGUUAUAGAUCAUAGAAAAAUGAUACAUUUCCAACGAAUUUCACUUCAUCGACUAACUUAUUUAUCAGGAGUAAGCACGUCGCAGCUAAUAGAAAAAUAAACAAAAAAUACCCUUGUACAUAUAUUCAAUAUAUUGUCUAUCAUAGACGGUGAAACGCGUUAUGACUUUCAACGUAUCAAAACAAAGUUCAAAACAUUGUUAAGUAAUAUUGUAAUAUUGUACGAAACGUAAGAUUUAUUGUAUGACGCAUUACCAUGUAAAAAUAUGUACAAAGUAAUGAUAAAUAUAAAAAGAGAAAUUUUCGAUAUUCGAAUAUCGUUCGAUAAAAAUGUUUAUCCAGUAGAAAAGGAAAUGUUUUCAUAAACAAGAGAUAGGAUUUUAUGGAAGGUUACGAGAGCGUCGAUAAGGCCGUAACGUCUGUUAUCGUACGUAAAUAUGUAGGUACGAUUCCAUCGGAUGAUUCCUUAUCGACCGGUGACUGAAACUACGAUAAUAUUUCGAAGAACGAAUAAGGAGUGGCGCUGGUAUUAUCAAUUUAAACCUUCGGAUAGUUUAAUCAUAACAAAUGAAUUAAAAGAUGGUAAACAAUAAAGUUUCUUCGUUACUAUUUGAAAUAUA